AUCGUCGAAUCGCAACCAUUCGAAAGGAACAAGAUCGUAUGUCAGAGCCUGGACCAGAACCCUGACGACCCAUACUGGGUUUUCUUAUCAAGGCCUUCUUCGGCAGUCGUCUAAAUCUAUGGGCUAAUUCCUUUUGGACAGUCGUUCAAUGCCUGGUGACAGGCUUCGACUAAAUCUUUAUCUGACAAUAGCAGCCUCAAACCUGAAAUCAAUCUCUCUUCGUUGCGAACGUGGCUACUUCUCUUAGUCCGUGUACUCAGCUGGCAUUUGCAAGUCCAUUGGUCUAACAUCCCGGCAAGGGCAACGAGAGUGACAUCGAAAUGACACAACCAACCACCAAAGUCCAGGGAUUGCCAGAGUUCAGUCGUCAUAUUACAACUCACAAUUCGGAGGGCAAAGCCAUCUUCCAAACACCAAACCCUGAUGACCCAUCCACGUCGGCGUCGACGCCGGCACCUCCCAUAUCGACAAUACCGACGUGGACCAACUUUCCCACUUCAGGGUUCGGGUUGGGCUACGCAACUGACGCUCUUCAGGCGGAUUUCAAUCAGGAUGCGGACCUCGAGGCAUACUACAAAUACUUGCAUCAACACCCGGGGGUGGUGAUACAAGGUGGGUCGGUAUUCAGGGUGGUCGACAUGGCACCUGGUGCAUCGUCGCCAAUGCACCGCACUGUAUCUCUUGAUUACGGCGUGGUGCUGGAGGGCGAAAUCGAGCUGGAGCUGGAUUCAGGAGAAAGACGACGCCUCCCUCGCGGGGACAUUUUCGUCCAGCGGGGCACGGCGCAUCGAUGGCACAAUACCAGUGACCAACCAGCCAGGCUGUUGGCCGUGCAACUGGACAGCAAACCCAUUGUGGUUGAUGGGAAGGGGGUUUUGUCUGAAGAUUUCAAUGUUCCUGCUGCGGACGCAUGA